GCCUAGUUGGGGAUGUGCAGGAGGUAGAAAAGCACCUCACUUGGUCGAUUCAAGAACCAAAAUGGAAGAUAAUUAAAGCACAUGGUUGUUACCCACCAAAGAUGGAGAAAUAGGGGGAAUUAAGGUACAUAAGCAUUAUACGGUGGUAAAUGCCUAGAAGUAAUGAUUAUCAGUUACAUCAUAAGGCUUAAAAAAGGCUCCCAGGUAAGAAGAAAAGGUAUGAGAGUGUUGGUUUUUCAAUUAUACAAUCUACCAUUUCUGACUUAUGCAUCAGAGGGGCUUUUUCAGGAACCAAUCCGGGAAGCCUUUUUUUCCAGGAUCAAUUGGUGUUAGGGCAUAGAGGAUCUGGAUCACUUAUGAGACAACAGUUGAUAUUUUAAUAGCUACAAGUAAAUAUUACGCUGCCCUCUUCACACUCAUAUUUUGCUUGUCAUUUCAAACACAACUUAUAAAACAAGGAUCGGUUGAAAAAGGCUGUUGGGGUUUGACAAAAUCUCCCUUUUUGUUUCCUGUAAGGAAGGUAUUGGGCGUACCAUUACCUCAAGAAUUUAGGCUUGGGUGGAGCUGGCCCAAUGGUCAGGGCACGGGUGAGGCCGUAUAUAUUGCCGAUAGACGAUUGAGGACUGAGUUGAGAGUUGAGAGUCGAGACACCCUACUAAGGUCUCUUCUCCCUCCCAUUCCAUUCCAUAGGAGAUUCAGUAUUGAGUAUUGAAAGAAUGGAGGUGGUAGUGGGGGAGCCCACCAGAGUUCAAACCCUAGCCGAAAAGAAUCCAACACAGGUGCCACCUGAAUACAUACAGGCGCCAGAGAAUCGACCCCAAAUCAAAAUCCCCACAACUGAGGAUAAUACUUCUUCCACAGUUCCUGUCAUCGAUCUCUUCGGAUUCGACCCGGAUCACUGGGGCGACGUUCGUCGUGAACUGGGGCAAGCUUGCAAAGAGUGGGGUGCGUUUCAAGUGACCAAUCAUGGAGUUCCAUUCCACUUGCUACACCGCAUGAGGAGCGUAGGCCUUUCCUUUUUCAAAGACAGCCCCAUGUCGCACAAACUCAGUUACGCCUGCCCUCCGGGUUCUGCUGCGUCCGAAGGCUAUGGCAGCCGAAUGCUGGUCAGUACUUCAAACGACACCGUUUUGGAUUGGAGGGAUUUCUUUGAUCAUCACACCUUGCCUCUUUCUCGUCGCAACCCCUCUCGCUGGCCAGAUUUUCCUCCUAAUUACAGAGAAGUUGUGGUCGAGUACAGCGAUUGUAUGAAAGCUCUUGCUCAAAAGCUUCUGGCAUUCAUGUCGGAGAGUCUAGGCUUGCCAUCUUCAUGUAUCGAAGAUGCUGUAGGCGAUUUUUAUCAGAAUAUAACAGUUAGUUAUUACCCACCCUGCCCUCAGCCGGAACUCACCCUUGGUUUGCAAUCCCAUUCUGACAUGGGUGCCAUCACACUCCUGAUCCAAGAUGAUGUUGGUGGUCUCCAGGUCUUGAAAGAUGGUGAAUGGGUGAUGGUACAGCCUCUAUCAGAUGCCAUAGUUGUCAUUUUGGCUGACCAAACUGAGAUUAUAACCAAUGGUAAUUAUAGGAGUGCUCAACAUCGGGCUAUAGCUAAUGCCAACAAAGCGCGACUUUCAGUAGCCACAUUUCAUGACCCUGCCAAGACAAUGAAAAUAUCUCCAGCUUCUGCGCUUGUGACUGAGUCCUUCCCUCCCCGAUACUGUCAAAUAGUCUAUGGAGAAUAUGUUUCAUCAUGGUACACAAAGGGCCCGGAAGGGAAACGAAAUAUUGACGCACUCAUGCUUUAGUUGGAUAAAAAAUGUUUGUUUGCUUGUUUGUUUGUCUUUUUUCACUUUUUUUUUUUUCAAUUUUUGGGGCUUUGGCCUUGGAAUAAGAUUUCUCAUCAUCUAUCAUAUUUCUUUGUUUCGUUC